AACAAGGAUGACCGUAUCACCUUGGAGAUGGGUCUGCAGGUCACCGUCACGACAUAUGUUGCCGAGGUCAUAUCUUCCUGGACUCCGUCUAGUAGCAGUGCCAACCGAUUCAUCGGCUCCAUCUAUGACCGUAUCCUUCGAUCAGAGCCACAAGCUGUCGCCGGCCGCUGGCAUACCUUAACUCGCAAGUACGCCACGUCCAGCUCGACAGCAGUCAAAGACGAAGAGACGCGGCAUGUGAAACGUCUCUUGGAGGAUGCAACAACAAUCUUGACGGUCGCUCGAGUAGCAUCUUGGGACAAGAACGACCUACGGGGAGCCUUCGAGAUCAUCGUGAAGGCCGCCAUGCAGAUGCGUAGGAUGGUUGGAGAAGACGUGGCUGGGAGCGAGUACGAGGUGUUCGUAGAGGAACAGAAGAAGCCCUUCCGACCAGAAGUGAUGGUCGACGAACACGCACCUCGGCGGAAGCGUCAAGACAGAGUCGGAAUCCCCGUCAUACGUGCCUUGACGCUAGGGCUUCGUCGCACGGAGAGAGACAACCGCAGCGGAUCGAGAGGACGCCUUGAAGUCAAAACGCUCGUCAAGCCGCAGGUGAUCCUAGACACGAUCGUUGAUGACCUGGGUUUGGUCGAUGAUACAAAGUGA